AUGAGCGGGGAGCUAGGGAUGUCAUUAGUAUUCUUCGUAGCACACCAACUGCCCCCUCUUAAGCCUUACAAUCGUGUCCAGCAUCCAGCCCCGGCCCCUCAACAGGUGCUCAGGGUCCUGCCUGCGCGGAAAAGGAACGCCUCCGGCCGGGGCCGGCGGCGGGAAGGCUGCCUGGACGAGGCGCACGUGAACGAGAGGGUGACCGAGGCGCAGGCCGCCUUCUACUACUGCGAGCGCCGGCGGGCCGCCCUGGAGGCGCUGCUGGGCGGCGGCGAGCAGGCUUACCGCGAGCGGGUCAAGAAGGAGCAGCUGCGGGACUUCCUGUCCAGCCAGGAGCGCCAGGCCCUCCGCGACGCCUGGAGCCCCUACGAGGACGCAGCCCCCGCCGCCAACGCCCGGGGCAAGAGCAAGGCCAAGGCCAAGGCCCCUGCGCAGGCCCCGGCCGAGCCUGGCGAGUCCCUGGCCUACUGGCCCGACCGUUCGGAUACCGAGGUACCCCCGCUGGACCUGGGCUGGACGGACACCAGUUUCUACCGUGGCGUGAGCCGCGUCACCCUCUUCACCCACCCGCCCAAGGAGGAGACGGCGCCGCACCUCAAGCAGGUGGUCAGGCAGAUGAUCCAACUGGCCCAGAAGGUCAUUGCUGUGGUCAUGGACCUCUUCACUGAUGGCGACAUCUUCCAAGACAUUGUGGAUGCUGCCUCUAAGCGCCGAGUUCCAGUGUAUAUCAUUCUGGAUGAGGCAGGGGUGAAAUAUUUCUUGGAAAUGUGUCAGAGCCUGCAACUCACUGACUUCCGAAUUCGGAACAUCCGUGUGCGCUCCGUGACAGGCAUGGGCUUCUACAUGCCCAUGGGAAAGAUCAAGGGGACCCUGUCAUCAAGGUUCCUGAUGGUGGAUGGUGACAAAGUAGCCACUGGAUCUUACAGGUUCACUUGGAGUUCCUCCUACGUGGACAGGAACCUUCUCCUCCUCCUGACAGGGCAGAAUGUGGAGCCCUUUGACGUAGAGUUCCGGGAACUGUACGCCAUCUCCGAGGAGGUGGACUUGUACCGGCAGUUGGGCCUGGCAGGCAGGCUUGGCCUCAACUACUCCUCCACGGUGGCUCGCAAGCUCAUCAACCCCAAGUACGCCUUGGUAUCAGGCAGCCGCCACACGCCAGGGGAGAUGAUGCGCUGGGCCACCCGGCAACAGCGAGAGGCUGGCAGCAACCUGGAGGGGCCGGAAGAGGGCAGCGGAGGUGGUGAGUCGGCCCAGCGCCUGGAGAGCUUCCUGAAUGACCUGGUUACCAUAGAGCAGGUGCCACCCCCUGUGGCGCCCAUUUCCUCCGGAGAGCUAAGCCGGAAGGAUAGCAGGAUGGUCUCUCACGUGCACAUAAACCUAAAGCCCAAAUCCCGAGAGGCACUUGCCCAAACUGACAUGGGAGAAACUGCCAACGGGGAGGCCAACCCGGCCAAGGAGGGCAAGCACUUUGGCAGUAGGUUCUUCAUUCGACGGACCAAGAGGCCUGCAGCACCCAAUGGCACGGCCAGCUCCCUCUCUACUGAGACCUUUGCUGAAGUGGAAUUUCGGAAAGGGAAGAGGCCCAACGAGGAUGCCAGUGCCAACGUCUCAGGUAAAACAAGUCCCAGUCUCGCCAAGCCCAACAAUUGCGUGAUUUCCUGAGCCACAGGACAGUGGUGGACAGAACCUGUGACGCCCUCCUGUCCUGUCCUGUACUGUGGAGAGCACAGGUCGCAUCCUGUACUAGUUUGCACAUUGGACCCUGACUGGUCUCCUGCCCUGCAGCCUCCAUCCUGGCCUCAGAGACCCUGAAUCCCAAAUGGGAGGAUCCGAAGCAUCUCAAGACAAUCAAACACCUCCAGACUGUUGGUGGCUGGGCAGGGGUCACUGCCACCUUGUUUACAUGAAGUGGAAGCUUGACUAGUGUCUGCUCUCCUUUAUGCCUGACCCUUUACUCCAUGGGUUCCCAGAUGGGAUGAGGACCAUGCCUUUAUACCUUAACGGGAUGGGGUCUCCAGGGCAGUCCCAGCUGCCUGGCCUCUCCUUUCCUGGGCUUCCUGGUGCAUCUGGUACCCCAAAACGUUGGUGGAAUAAAAGGGAAGAGGGCAGGG